AUGAGAGACAAAAAGACGACGCUGAUCCCCAUAACCUUGCACCAUAUUCAACGACAGCUCCAAACUCCCUCUACGUGCCCUCUGCAGUAUAGGUGUUUUCUAAUCUCAAAGCCACUCUGUGCAGAGUGUGGGAGAAGAAGGUCCAAGGGAACCGCCCAAACAAGGAGACGCCUAGAGUUUUCGGAAGAUGACAUCAUCAAGAUCCCGGGGUGCGAUCUGGUGGCAGUGAUAGAGCGUUUCAAGAGGACCAUCAUUGGUCGCAUGUUUUACCGUGAUGGGAGAAGUAUGGAGGCUUUACUGACGCAACUACCAAGUGCUCGGAUCUGGGAUAUGGAGGGAAGAGUUAAGGGUACAAACCUUAGCAAUGGCAGAUUCCAAUUUGACAUUGAUAAGGAGGAAGAUCUGGUGAAAGUCUUAGCAAAUCGCCUUUGUCAUUUUAAUCGCUGGAGUUUUGCACUCGAGGGAUGGGAACCCUCAACACAAAAGGAUUUUCCAUUCACGAUGCCAUUUUUGAUGCGAGUUACAGGAGUCCCCGCUAUUGGCAAAGCUUUGGGACAUGUACUCAAAACGGAUGCCGAGAAGGCACAUUUGCAAGUUUUCAUUAAUGUAAAUGAGCCCUUACAGUUUGAAAGAAGAGUGGGAUUCUUGAAUGGUAAUGUUGGCAAGAUUGAAUUCAAAUAUGAGGGACUGCAACGGUUUUGCUUCAAAUGUAAGCGCAUCUCACAUGAAACUAGCUCAUGCCCAGAGGUGCCUGCAGAGGAGAAGCAGAGCUACAACAAGCUGGGAGAGGACCCAAAAGGGAAAAGAGACUCGAUGCUGUUCCAGAAAGAUGCAAAGGAUUCACUAAUGCGAAUGAAAUCCCCAGUUUGGGAGGAAUAUGAGAAUCAGUAUCAACAGUCUCAGUCAAGAAAUGGUUUCAGAGAAACAGGGGAAAACUUCAGCCCCGAGAGAAGGAGGUCUGAUUCGCAUCCUAGCAAACUGGGGAAAUUAAACUCGGGGGCUAUCCGAGAAGUGUGGCAAUGGAGUAAAGAAAGGGAUCUAUGGAUGAAUCUCAGAGGUAAGAGACUAGCCCAAAACAAGGAUGUUUGGAACAGGAUUAACGAGCCUUAUGUGAGCUAUUUUCCGCGACUUCGCUAG